AUGAUGGAUCAAUUGAAAGUUGUUUGUUCAAUAGCUGCAUUUUUAUCUUUGACUGUCGAUGUUUGGAGUGAUAGGCGGUUAAGAUCUUUUUUUGCUGUAACUGAUAAGAUUAUCCGAUUGGUUACUGAUAAUGGAUCAAAUAACAUAAAUGCUUUUAAAGAUCUUGUUAUUCCAGGCUUUGAACAGUACUUUAGUGACGAUGAUACAGAUGAUGAAGGUAGUGAUAUGAAUUUAAAUGAUGGAACUCUUAGUGACGAAUAUGAAUAUUCACCAAACACUUGCUCAACAACAACAACGACAAAUGAUACUGAAACUCCUGAAUUAACACAAGAAGUACUUAUUAAAGAAUCAUUUCGUUGUCUAUUAGACAACAAUGAAGUUUUUCGUAUUCCUUGUUUUGCACACACAAUUCAACUUAUUGUUAAAGAUGGAUUAAAAGAAGCACAGCCAAUAUUAUCCUCAUUAGAAAAGGUGUCGGCAAUUGCAAAACUUUCACAUAAAAAUACAAAAUUUUCAGAGAUAUUAGAUUCAAUGAAGCUGUCAAUGCCUCGUGUUGUUAAAACACGUUGGAAUUCUCAAUUCCUAACUGUUGAACGUGUUUUAGCUAUACCCACUCUUGAAUUAAAUCGAAUUUUGAUCGACUUGAAAUAUCCAAAUUUAUGUUUAAAUGUGCGGGAUUUAUCUAUGUUAAAUGAGUUUAUUGCUUUAUUAUCGUUACUUGCUGAAGCAACAACAACAACUCAACGUGAAAAUUCACCGUCUAUUUCUCUCGUUGCUCCAAGUAUUCUUGCUAUUUAUUUCGAUUUAAAAACUGAAAAAAGUAACAUUCAAUACACAACAACAUUAUGUAAUGCUUUAAUUUCUUCCUUAUUAUCACUAUUUGGUGGUCUUUUGGAACAACUCGAAGUUAAUGUUAAGGAAACAGGGAUCGAAUUAAAAAAGAAUAAACAAUUUUAUGAUUUAUAUAAAGAUCCUGUCUUCAUUCUUUCGCCAUUUCUUGAUGCCAUGUUCAAACUCAAUUGGAUUACUGCGUCUUUUCUUCCUGAUACAGUUAAAGAACGAAUAUGUGAAAAAAUCAAAAAAUUAAUAUUUGAUCAUAGUGUUUUUAAUGAACAUGCUAAUGAAAAUUCUGCUCCAGCGAAGAUCGAAUUGGUUCAGGAAGAACAAAUAAAAAGUACUCAAAUAUCAACUCCAAGCACUCAAUCGUCAAAUUCAAAUACAAGUAAAAGAAAAUGUCUUUUUUCAAAUAUUCAGAACGAUCAGAAAUAUUCAAAGAAGACAAAAACAAAUGAUUCAUAUAAUUAUAUUAAAGAAGAAAUCUCACGUUAUCUUAAUGAUACUAAUAAUGACAAUAUACUUCUCUUGAAAUCAACAUGA